AUGGCAUUGGUUCACACAAGUUUUUACGCCAAUCCUUUGGAGACUUCCAGGCUUUCACAGCGCGAACUUCUCGCGCGCAUUUUCGGCCGUCAGGAAGCCAGCGAACAUGUCCGCGGUAUGGAUUUCGAAGAAAACUCCAGUGAUUCUGGCUCUGAUCAUGAAAUGGAGGAAUUUAAUGAAGGUAAAGUCUUUCUAUUUAUUCUUUCUUAAGCAUACCGUACUCCACAUGGGAAAAAAGAGGGCGUUUUGUGUCUAAAAGCUGUGGAAGGUUUUUGUACUGAGUAUGUAAACAACGAAUUUGUUCGCCAUUUGAGGAAUAGCUGACGAGCGCUUUUUCAUCAUAGCAUAUUUUUCUUUCAUAGCAGAAGCAAUUUUGAAAGUUUUAUUUUCACAAGCAUGUACUUUCGUGUUUUCAAACGUGUUUUUUUGUUUCUUUUCAUGCUUGAAGGGAAUAACAAGAAGUGAACUUUGUACGCCUUGAUGCAAAAUGUAAAUUUCUCUCAGCUACACCAAAACAGCUGUCGCCAUCGCAGUUGAAUAAAUUGAUUUAUGGUGUGAAAAAUUAUCUCUGAAGUUGUCUUGUAUGUUCAUAUACGGAUGAUUAUGCUCAAAUAGCGAAAUGAUUCCUUUCGUUCGUUAAAGAUCGAUUGCCUCGUGAAAUAAGGUCAGAUCUGUACUAGUUGUACAGAGCAGAGCUUGUUGGCCUUGAAAAUUGUCGACAUUUUUCUUCGCAUCUCCCAAAACAAGUACGCUUUUUGAAUUAUUUGAAAGAUGUCUAAACUAGUUUUUCAGUUUUUCGGCAUCAGCAUGACAGUCACACACGGUCUUUUCUUUGCAUGCUGUAAUUCACGUGAAGCACUGAAUUCUUUGACGUUAGUUUCAUUUUCCAGUUGUAAAAGACAAAAGUGUGGUGCCAGAAUUUCAUUUUCAGCUGUGGCAGCACUUUCACUGGCCUCUGAUCAAGAGCGCUCUUAUAAUUAUUUUAAUUAUUUAAAAAAGAGUCAAACUUAAAUCCUUUGUUUUCUACACCCCUCUGACAUAACAUCACUUUGCACAGUGAUUGCGAUUUUCCAUGGCUUGUUUCUUUAAGGCUUAAUGUAACUUCAUUUCCGAGAGAAAUUUUGAAACAUUCACACGUUUGUGUAAGAAGUGAGCUGUUUUAUUUAAACGGUCUUUGGGAAUUAAUUUAGUAAUAUCCUUACUGUGUGCCAUAAAAUUUUUAUGAUGUUAGUAUGGAGAAUUUGUUUUUUAUCUCAUCACUUGCGUGAAAAAAUCCAUCUACAAAAAAAGAGGCUAGAGUUCAAACUCUGUAGAAAAUAUGUUUUAAACUUGUUAAAUGAACCACAACAUUUAUCUAAAAUAAGAACUCUAACACUUCUUAAAUUUCCAACCAAAGGGGUAACAAAUUUGUGCAAACGAAAACUGAAAAACUACUGACUAAAACUCCACAAAAAUAAACUAAAAUUAUACAAAAAAUGUCUACGUUAGUUUUCCAAUGUCGAGGUUAGAGUUCUUUGACAUGAUUGGCUAAUUUGUGAAAUGUUGUGCGUUGUGCAUGAAUACAAAAAGAAUACAGAAGGGGAGAGGAAGAGAAAAAUUGUAACUUGAAAUUUGAAAAUGAAAGAGAUUUUCUACAACUUGCAUGUCUUGUAUUAUAUCAUUACAGUAAAGAGAAAUUAUGACUCGGUCAUCCAUGGGAGUUUAUGGGUUAAUUAAAGAUCCCACAACUUUUGCCAUGUCUUUAACUGUUUAUGCAAACAACUAACUUAAAUUUUUGAGAGCAUAAAACUUGUCUAGAAGACUGUUAACCCUUUAGCUCCCAGAUCAAAUUUGUAACUCUCCUUACUGUCAAUCAUACAGUUCUUAUAAUUUUAGUUCAGAGAAUUUAGUAUUGGAUCAACUAAUUAUCUCCAGAUUGAUAUUUUUCUUUAUUCAUAUCACUUAUCUGGUUAAUAUUGUAUUGAUAUUGUAAGGAGAAAUUCUGUCUUGGUCACUCAUGGGAGUUAAAGGGUUUUAAAGGAAAGGUGAGAUUUCUCUUAUAGUACAAAACCAGCUCACAGCUUAAGGGUAACCAUUAAAAUAUUAGUAUGGUUUUACGAUAACCACCCUCCCUUCCUUCGGUAAAAAGUUUUAUUGAGUUUACCGCAUGAUUUCCCCCAAUAAGUUUGGUCCUGGAGGUAAUCUCCAAUCAUGGGGAUGAUUAUUUUGCCAUUUGGGAACAGUGUGAUUCAUAUUCCUGUGUCUACAUGAUGAAUUAACAACAGAAAAACUUUCAGUCUAGUCGAUAUUUAUUACAUUUCAGCUGCAGGAUGAGAGCUGGUACAGCUAAAAGCACUUGUUGGUCGUUCCACUAAUGGUUGCCUUCCUUCACCAUGUCAAGACACAAUGUCUUGAUGAAAAAGGAAGUGUUUUUGAGGUCUUAAGGUAAAGUGAAAUUCCCAUACUGACUUCAGUGUAAUGUCAGUGUCAUGAUUGUGAAUGUUGGUGGCUGUGUUGUGAAUGUUGGUGGCAUGGUUGUGGUUUUUGUUGUGGUUUUUGUUAUCACUGUCUCUGUGAGUGAUGUUUCCAAAAGCAUGAUUUUGUUUUUGCAAUGCUCAUUAAGUUUUAAUUAGAACUUUAUUAUUAUUCAUUUCUUGUGGAAAAAGCUGUUUAUUGGUUUUUUUAAGGUUAUGAGUUGCCAGUGAUUUAUUCAAAUAUUUGGCUACAAGAUAUUGCUGUGAAGUACUACUGAAAAUCAUAAAAGGGAGUCAAAAACAUUUAAACAAUCAUGCUAUGUGAUGUUCAGAUAACAUCAUUAUCAAGUACAGAUGUUAGAAUGUUUAAUUACUUGACAAAACUUAACUUAGUUGGAAAAAAAUGAAAGUUUUAAAAAUGGUCUUUUGAAGUUUCAUAUGGAUGGUAGUUAAAUCUGUGUGUUUACACGUUUCAAUACUUUCAUUCAUUUUGAUUAAGUGUUAUUUUUACUCAGUAUUUUUGCACUAAAGUCAGUUCUUUGUUUUUACUUGAUGACAUCAAGUCUGCUGAAUGUUAACAAUGUUUUUUUUUAAUGCUAUGUAACUCUCUUGAUAUGACAUUGAGUAAUCAUGGUUCAUUGCAAACUGUCUUUAAUUUGGUUGCAAUGUAUUGCAAAGAGUACCUCAGUGAUUGCUGUACUGUGUUGUGUCAAUUUCAUGGUUUCCAGUUGUAUUGUGGUAAAUGUGAGUAUUGCAGCCUGUCUGAAGAUGCAAGAAAAUAAUAGUAUGAUAAUAUAAUCGUAAAAUGUGGUUGACUUCCUUCCCCAGUUGAGACUUCACAUUAGUCUUGAUAAAAAAGGAAGAUAGAGCUUACACUUAAUAUAGAUUUAAUCUGACUUUAAUAUCAUAGUUGUGUUAUCAUGUCCUAUUUAAAACUUUUUUUCCAUUUGUUGUUGGUUUUGUAAUGUGUAUCUUAAGGACAUAAGAUUUUUGACCAGUGGAAGUGUUAGAGAUGUUAUCAUUGACUAAGAUAUAUGAAGUAUUUAAAAAUCCAGAUACAUCCAUUGAUGAUAUUCCAAGCAAUGACCCUAAUAUUGGAUUUAACUAUUAUUAUUAUCUCAGUCUCUAACAUGAAACAUAACAUAUAACUUGCAUUUAAUUCAUACUUAAAUGGUUGUUUUCUUAAAGUGUAACAAGAUUGCAAUCUUAGUCAAAUAUUUUUUAUCUUUAAUGUCUUUUUGCACAUUGCUUAUCAGAUUUUGAGUGGGAAUGGGAUCCAAUGACACUAUCAUCUUCAGUGUCCCUCACUCGAGGUAAUAAGGAGGUGCUGUUCCACCCUGAUUACAGCUGUGGAACUGCAGCAGCAAAAGGCUCCCAGCCCCUUUGUCAGGGGGGAGAAUACUACUGGGAAAUCAAGAUGACCAGUGCAGUCUAUGGUACUGACAUGGUAGGUCAUGUUCUCCUCUGUUGUGGACUGACAUAACGGAGACAGAGCUACAAACGUGACAACGUGUUAAUGGGGAAGUUGAAGACUUGACACACUCUACUGGUGCAAAAUAUCUUAGCAGCAUUUUCAUACCAGUUCUUCUAAACAAGGAAACAACAAAUUGACUGGACAAGACUGUGCAGAAACUUACAAACUGCAUGUUUAAAAAAACAUUGAAUGUUUGGUUAGAGUUCCACUUCAGAUACCAUCAAAUGGAUAAACUUAAAAAUGUUGUGUCACCGUUGAAUUGCAUAGUGCAACCACUGAACAGAGUGACUUACUAACACAACAGACCAAGUCAGUGCGUACAUACAUGACAUACAAUACAAUGACUUACAUGGAGUGAAACAAAUACAGCUAUUAAACAGUGGAAUGACUGCAAAUACAGACCAACAAUACAAGAUCACCAAUGACUGAUGACUUUUUGUAUCCUUUUGACCAUAGUAUAUUUUAAAGGUUGCAAAAUGGUAUUUUUUCUUAUUGCAAUAUGUUAUUUAUGCAAUCCAUGCAUUUUGACAUGCAUUUUCUGUUUGGAAGUCAUGGUAUUAUGUACCACUAGUGGUGAAUUGAAUGAAAAAUGAGAGUAUUAAUGACAAGAAAAUUUGGUUACUUAAAAAAAUUUAAAUUUCAAAUAACGAAAGCAAAUCACUCCCUUGGUGAUCACAUUUUUUUGGUCAGAUCAUCAUAUUGCUUGAAAUCUGAGCACCACCUAUGUUCACCAAAAACUACUUUUCUGAAGGCUGUAGAUUGUCGCCACAGUUUAUGUGACUCUGAAGGACCUGCUAGAUGUAAAUUGAACAAGCAAAAUGGAAAUUUGCUUUGACUAGACCUUUUACUUGAAAAAUGCCUUAAAAAAAAAUUUUUAUUUUAACAUAGUUUCAAAGAGUAUUGGGUUUUAAAAUAUUGAUUUUUGAAAUUGACUAUUUAAGGGGUUGCAUUUGUAAGUAUUUUUGCUCUGUGUGAAAGAGUUAAAUCUCUAAACUUUGGCAGGAAGAAAAGGAUAGGAUUUUUUUGUAGUUCUAAGUAACAACAUGAUGCUAAAUGACAAUGCAGUGAUCAUUGUCCUUCUUCAUUCUUUUGUGUUACUGAUUGCUGAAGAGUAAGUACGCUAGAUGUGGCACUUAUUGUAAGACUCAUCAAGUUAUGUGUAUUUUCAACUCUCAGAUGCUAGGAGUGUGCAACAGUGACCUGGAUAUUACUCAAUACAAAACCUCAUUCUGCAGUCUUAUUGGCAAGGACAGUAAUAGCUGGGGGCUUUCUUACACUGGUAAUUUUUAUCAUCAAGGGAAAGCCCAGAAAUUCUCCUCAAGAUUUGAUCAUGGCUCAGUUAUUGGAGUUCAUUUGGAUACAUGGCAUGGGAAGCUUUCUUUCUUUAAAGACAAUGAGCCAUUGGGUGUGGCAGCUAAUGGACUUAAUGGGAAACCACUUUAUCCUGUGGUGUCUUCAACUGCAGCAAGAACAAAAAUGAGGUUGCAACGUAGUUCAUCAUCAUCCUUUUCUCUGCAGUAUCUUUGUUGUGCAGUGAUUGGCAAACAUCUACCAAAUCUUGAAGCUCUAAAGGCUUUACCCAUACCACCUGGGGUGAAACGACAUCUUUGUAAUGAACUUGAUUGGAUCUUCAAGGUCCACCUUCCCUCACAAGUGAAGAAAACCAGUGACACUGAUUUGUGAUGUCUGUGUUUUGGAAACAUUUUAAUUUGUAUCAAGGAUGAAAUUUCAUCAUAAAAUGGAAAUGGUGUCUUUGCUUCAAACUUUAGUCACGCUGGGAAAAAUGAAGUAGAACUGCAGAGCCAUUGAAGGAAGUAAUUUACUAAAUAUAUUUUCGUAUGAUCAGAAUAUUGUCAAUACUGAAUGUGUAUGUGUUGUUGUGCAUCAGGAUUUUCUAAAGAAGUUUAGUUAACUAGUGUGAAAUUAUCUAAGUGAAUCUCACUCAAAAAAGCCACUGUAUAGGAUCUUUGUGUUAUCACUGAUAGUAUUCUUUAGUUUACUUAGCUGGAAGCUACCUAUCUUGUUAGGAUGAUUUGAAAUACAUAUCCCAGGAAACUUCAAAGGCACUAUCGCUAUUAGAGAUAAGGUUUAAAUUUAUGGCUGAGUGAUUGCCAAAACUGAAUAUGUCUUGGGUGGUUACCUUGACCUCCAAAGUGUACAUUGAAUUUUUCACGUUUAAGUUAUGUACAAAAAGUUUGAACAAGAAAAUAGGGGCGUGGACAAAGUUAGAUAUUUGUAGAGUUGUAUUUAUUAUACUCUUUUUUUGUACCUAUGCUUGGAAAUAUGUCACAGAGUAUCGUAAUUUAUUUUAAAAUAGACGAAAGAUAGGAGAGAUAAUUAAUGACAAGAUGAAAUUAAUUGAAAGCUUGAUGAUUUUGUUUCAAAUAGAGUUAAACAAUGUGUAUCUGGUUUGCAUCCUUUGAGGAAAAAACUUCUUUUUUUUCUUGUUAAUCUGUCUUUUUUUGGCGACCUUUUUUUUUUACUGUGCACCAAAAAAAACAUAAAAUACUCUGUUGAGUUUUUUAAAUAUAUGAAGCCUUACCUUAUGAACAAUAAAUCUAGAAAACAACAAAAGAUCUGGCUUGCCAUAUGUAUAACUUGUUGUGACUAGAGAGAGAUUAAAAAAGUAGAUAAAAC